CACAUAUUUCUGCUGCCUGAACAAAAAAAAAGUUAAAUUAAAGAGGAUUCAGGGAUUCACGGGUACGUAUAAAUUCUGGAGCCAUACGCUCAUAUGUUCAACCGCGGCAGAAUUGAAUUGAAGCCGCUCAUAUGCGUUUCAUGCGUGUGAUGCCGCUACAGUCCGUUUCCGUGAAACCUCCCUCCCUCUCUCCAUCCUCCUCUUCGCAUGUGAUCCAGUUCUUUGCUUCUCGCUCUCUAUCUCUAGUCCUGGUCUCCAGCUCAUCUCGCCGGCCACCAUCUGCUCUGCUUCCUCUGGAAGCGGCAGCCCGUGCCGUGGUAGAGUACGCAAAUUGAAUGGGGUUGCCGCCGGCCACGCCGACGCCAUCACGAGGCGCCUCCACCGCCGGCAGUUACCCCGUGCACCUCCACCGGAGGCGAGGCUUAAGAAGGGCGGCCAGGGCGCGGAGCAAGAUGAAGCUCGCGUACUUCCUCAUGGACGACGAGGAGCGGCGCUGCAAGACGGACGAGCUGCAGUUCGAGGUGUCGGAGCUGGAGGCGGUGCUCGAGAAGGAGAAGCGGCUCAACAGAGUCCUGCACUGCUCGCUCCAGGGCCGGAACGUCGUCUGCCAUUGCUGCCUCUCCGCCUUGGUUCCAACAAAGAUAAGGGGGCUCCUUGCGGAGCUAGCGAUCAUCGAGGAUGAGAUAUUUUACCUCGAGAAGAAGGUCGACGACCUGCGGCUACGUCUUCGCCGUGAGCGCAAUUGGACAGAACGCUGCAUUCUCCAGCAGCGACAGCAGCAUAAUUGGCUGCAACAGAAUUGGCGGCAUUCCGGUGGUCCCAGAGAGAUCGAUGGUGGAGGACAACAAUUUCCAAUGCUGCCUUAUCGAGGCAGCCAAGAGGAACGUGAAGUUAAUAUUGAGCGUGGGAGCAAGGCUUCCGGUGGAUCUGUCUCUACACAAGGUGAGGAAGUUGAGCAGGUCACAAGAAGAAGCCACUCUACAGGAAAUAUAAAACCCCCUGAAAGAAAAAUUUGCUUGAGCAGUCCCAACAAGCUGUCAGAGGAGCUGAUAAAGUUGACGGUGACCAUCUUCCACAAGAUCAACAAAACAACUCAUCAUGCAGCAGAGCUGGAGCUGAGCAGCAUGCCGAAGCUCAACAUCACCUCGUGCAUAGGCUCUUCUAGAAACCUUGCCCCCAAGUCGUCGUCCUCGUCGAGCGAUGGCGUGAAGAGCCGUGCAUUGCCGCCGCGUGAGUACGGUGGUGGCGAGAGGGAGACUAGCGGAGGUUGCAAGAGGUUCGUGGAGUUCACACGGAGCUCAUUUGACGCAAGCCGCGUGUCGUCAUGUCUCGCUGACAUCAAGAACUUGAGAGUGUUGAUGAACAAGCUUUCCACCGUGGAUCCGAGUUUCUUGACCAACAAGCAGAAACUGGCCUUCUGGCUCAACAUUUACAACUUCUGCGUGAUGCAUGCAUUUCUUCAACAUGGUCUGCCUCCAUCGGCAGACAAGCUACUGUCGCUGCUAAACCAGGCGUCCGUGAAUGUGGGAGGAACGGUGUUGAAUGUUCUGUCCAUCGAGCAUCUCUUCCUCAUGCAAUCCCCUGAUCAAGGCAACAAGGAGUUGAGUGAGAAAAGGAUGAUGACGGAAGGGGAGAUGGAUCUGCAGCUCAACUACGGUCUUGGGUACCCUGAACCGAACGUCGUCUUUGCGCUCUGCAAAGGCAGCCGCUCCUCACCACCUGUCCGGGUGUACACGGCGGAGGAGGUGUCAAGCGAGCUGGAGGAGGCGAAGGUGGAGUACCUGGAGCGGUGUGUCCGGGUCGUCCAAGCCGCUGGUGCGAGGAGGAAGAAGACGAAGGCGUCAACGACGAUCAUGCUGCCGAAGCUAUUGUAUUGGCACAUGCGAUGCUUCGCUGACGACGUGGAGUCGCUGCUGGAGUGGGUCCACAGCCAGCUCCCUCGCUCCACUAGUGCGCUCGAGCUGAAGAGAGCCAUUAGGGACCUCCUUCUCCACCGCGACAGACCCCCAGUGCCGGAGAAGAUGGUGGAGAUCGAGCCCUAUGAGGCAGAGUUCCGCUACAUGUUGCCAGUGGUCUGGUGAAUGCACGCUUGUCUCCUGUCGGCCAUCAGCUCUGGUGUCACUUUAUUUAGUGUAUGUAUUUAAAGAUGUUAUCCAGAUUCUAUGUAUAUACGGAAACUAGGAGAAAAUAAAUACUUCACUAUUAUACUUACUUUUUAAGGACCUAAAUAAUAUUAAGCUCUACUUUGGAUCGGAUU